ACGCCCGUGCGUCACCAGCAGUAUCCGAGCAUAGCAGUCGCGACGCGGGACCCGUACCGGGGGUGCGGAGCAGGCAGAGCCGAGUGGACGACGGCGAGGAGGAGGUCGACGUGCUGACCGCGAAAACAAGAACCACAGCGUACCCUGCGCUGCAGAUAUGUAUCUGCCGCUGCCCGUGCUGCCGCUGUUGCUGCUGGCGCUGCCCGGGCUGGAGCCCGCGACCGCCAUGGUCGUCAGCAGGCGAGCCGGACAGAGAACGGACACAAACUCGCCGUGCUUCCACCUGGCGCGCAACGCGACGGGCGUGUGCCGCAGCCUGACCGCGUGUCCCAGCGCUCUCUGGGAGCUCAAGAGGAAGCUGUACCCCCAGCUCUGCGGCUUCGUCGGCGCGAGCACCAUCCCGGAGGUCUGCUGUCCGUACACCAGCCCCAUGGACAACCACGUGAUGACCAGCAGCGCCAGCAGCGAGCCGGACGACGCCCCGUGCGGCCCGGGCGCGGUGCAGAGGCGGCGGCAGCAGCAGCAGCAGCAGCAGCAGCACCACCUGCAGCCAGACCCUCGCCGUCCCGGCGCCACCGCUCGCCAGAAGUGCCGGGAGUACGUGGAGUACGUCUGCAGCGAGGCGCCCUCGCCGGCGCUCAUGCUGGGCAGCAACGACGUGGUGGACCGCUGCCACUAUCGCGUCGAGCUCAUCUCGGGCGGCACCCGCGUGGACCCCAUGGAGUUCCCGCACAUGGUGCUGCUGGGCUACGGCGAGCGCGCGCAGCCCGACGACUUCUCGUGCGGCGGCAGCCUCGUCUCGCCCGAGUACGUGCUCACCGCCGCGCACUGCCAGGCCUCCAGCCAGUUCAAGCUGCCGGUGCGCUGGGCGCUGAUGGGAGUGCUGAACCGCACGGCCGCGCCGUCCCCCAACGCGCGGCCGCAGCUCAUCGAGGUGGCCGAGAUCAUCGUGCACCCCGACUACCGCUCGCACCUGCGCUACCACGACAUCGCGCUGCUGCGGCUGGCACGGCCCGCGGAGAUCACCGACUACGUCAGGCCCGCAUGCCUCCACACUGACCUCGACGCGGACCCCCUGGGACGCAGUGCCAUCGCCACCGGCUGGGGCGCCACGGGAGAUGAUCUUUUCCGAAACUGGACGGCAGCGGAGGAGCUGAGCGACCGCUUGCUCAAGGUGAACCUUCCCGUGAUCCCUCUGGAGCGCUGCAGGCGCGCCAUCAGCACCGCGAUGGACGGCAAGUUGACCCGGGGCAUCAUUGAGUCGCAGCUGUGCGCGGGCGGCGAGCCCGCCUCCAGCACGGAGAACAACAGGGAUACUUGUCCGGGGGACUCAGGCGGUCCGCUGCAGCUGCCCACAAACAACGACCCCUACUGCCAGUACCGCAUAGUGGGGCUGGUGUCCUUCGGGCCGCUGUGCGGCAUUGGGCUGCCCGGCGUCUACACCAGGGUGGCCGCCUACGUGCCGUGGAUCGAGAGCGUGGUGUGGCCCGAGCCAGAGACAGACUAGCAAGCAACGGGACUGACCGCCACCUGGAAGGCAGGAGUACCAAAAUCCAAUCUGAGUGCUUGGAUUCGUAAAGGCUAAAUCCUUAGCUGAGAAACGGAUUCCCUUCUUUUACUUUCCAAAAUAUUGUGGGAUGUACUCCUAGAGCUGCCCUAUCACGGACUCAGCACCUUUGACAAAUAGUGAGUAGAUCCGAUAAGUGUACUGUGAUAAGUUUUGGACUGCAACAGGCAUAUUAUGGUCAUCCAUUAAUAACAUGUGAUAUUAUUUAUCAA